GAAAGAAUCCAGGUGUUGGAAUCAGUUGAAUUGGAUACUGUAUAGCCUUAGCUGAGAUCUGUGUUACAAGGAUUUGUUGGUAUCUACAGGUAUUUCCCUUCUUGGUUCUGGAGCCUAGUUUCCUUGGAAUGCUUGUUUUAUUUGACUCUUGCAUGUGACGGGCAUGAAAGGCUGCAUUGGCUUCUAGCUCUGCCAUUCUUGGCCACUUAUCCAAGGUAAAUCCAGCCUCUGGAAGAAAUACAUCUUAUGUUUGUUACAUGCACUGUAAAAACAUAGAAAUGCAUAUACAGUAGUUAAGAUCUUUUGAUGAAAGAACCAAAUGUUACAUAGAACACAAGCAACUUUCAUUUGCAUGCCCAUGAUUGUGCAAUUUUCUGGGUUACUUAGGCGAUAUUCUGUUGUAUACUAUAGAGGGUGUGUUCACAUCAAGGGAGUAUUAAAUAGAUUAGGCAACACUUGGUUCCUUUCAGUUUGUCUUUGGUUUAGCUGGAGGACAUCAGCCUCAGUCUAGGGCCUACCAGUAAUAAAAUUCUCUGCUGCUUUUUUCUCAAGUAGAAAAGUGGGUGAAAAUAAAGGAAAUGAAUGAAAUGCCAUUUCAGCCUUACUGGAUUUAUCAUAAUGCAUACUAUUAAGAAAAAUGCUUAGAUCCAAAAGAAAUUUUUAAAAGUCCAUCAGGAAAUCACUGUGACCUAGUACGGACAGCAGUAUGUCAUUCAGUCAAACCAGGCCUCCAACAUCAGAGUUGGUGGAGCUUCAUGUUUUUUACGUCCCAGAAGAAGUGUGGAACUUCAAAUUGAAUACGAUUUCUGCAGAUCACAUUAGCACAUUCAUUUCAGCUGGAUUUAUAAGGGCAUCUCCUUGCUUGACACUGAGAACGCUACGGGAGCAGCUUGGAAAGUACCUAGGUGAAAAUGCUGUGACAGAUAAAUUUAGAUUUCUAAAAUGUAUAGGGAAAAAGCUAGCAGUGGUGAAAGCAAAGCAGGAAACAGAACUGGAACUCAAGUUGUUUGCUCCCCCAUAUGCACUUUAUCCUGAAUUGUAUUUUCUGCCUGGAUUAGACCAUUUAGAAAGUAUUUAUUCAUCAUCAUCCACAACUUCAGAAAGACAACACUUUUAUGAAGACCCUGCAGUAUUCAGUAGCUAUGUCCAUGGAUCAAAUAUUUUAAAUCUUCCGAAGAGAAAGCUUGAAAAAAGUCUAGCAUUUCUAGAAAGUCCACCAAUAACUCAUUUAAUUCAGAAUCAGGAAGAGCAUAGUUCUUCACGAUGGAAUAAAAAAGAAAAAGAAACAAUUCAGGUUCUGCAUGACUCCAAACAACAUGAGGGAGUCCAGAACAACAGAAAUCAGGAAAAACAGAUUCCACAAAGAAGGAAAGGUCAUCUAAAUCCUGCAAAGUGGGAGUCCGAAAGAAAUCCUGCCUCUUCACAAAAUCCUCAGCAAACUCAUCUCAUUGAGAAUCAGAAGGAGUGUAAUACACUAAACUGGAAUGAGAAAGACAAAGGAACCAUUCCAGUUCUUCAUGUAAAAGAAAACCAUGAACAAAAGCAGAAUAAUCAGACUCAGGAAAGUCACAUCCCACAGAGAAGAAACGAUCAAAUCCCUACACUACUGGUUACAAAUAUGGAAUAUGAAGGAAAUUUAAAAGAUAGUUUAGAAAGAAAAACUACAGAAAAUUCCAGAUCUCCAGAAUCAUUGGAAGACAAUGUCCUACAAGAUGUUCAUAAUAAGAAAAGCCAUCAACAAGUAACUGGCAUGUCUGUUGCUGAUAUUGGUGGAAAACAGGAUGAUCAGACAGCUAAGAAUAACUUAGGUCAUCCAGCACAUCCCAGUCAAUAUAUUUCCCCUCCUGCUCCACCUCUGCUGACUCUUCCUGUAGAUGCCACAGAAGCUCCUGUAUUUCAGGUAGCAAAAAUCAAGCUGGCAGAAGAGCUGGAACAAAAGAAGGCAGAAAGACUGCACAUGGAAAGAAUCAGAGAGGAACUGAUCAAGAAAGCCAAAGGCCUGCUGGAACAAAACCAACUGAAAAGAUAUCACGCUCGCCAGGCAUGGAAAAAGAAGUACUUUGAAACCAAAAAGGCUACAGCUUCACUUGAAGAUAAUUUAAAUAAAUUGCGGCAAGACUUAGAGCUUUCUCACCAAAAGUUACUGUCACAGCUGGAAGCCAGGGAUAGCUGGAAACGAGCAAAAAACGCAACACACAUUGCAGGCUCUAAGAACGCCACCAUCAUCCAGAUCACCACAGAGCAACACGCAAUCGAUCACCUAAAGAGAAAGCUCGAUAAUAUCAAAAUGAAACUUAUCAUAGAAAUUAAGAUGAGAAAACAAGCAGCUUCUGAUUUACGAGUACUGAGAGCAGAGCUAGCACAGAAGAAGAUUCAGUCAUCUUUAAUGCUCCAAACUGGAAAACUAGUAAUUUAGAAGAUCACGCACCGGAUUGUCUAGUGCAGGAGUUCUCAACCUUGUUAGAGUCAAGGCAUCCCUUGGAAAAUGACAGCUCUUAGUUUUCACUUGUUUUUGACUACAAAAAAUAAUAGAGCAAUUCUUAUGUUGCAAAGAAGUCAGAAAGAAUUUGUGUCAAAAUGUUUUUGACACUAUGGAUUCCUAUUGGAAAUCGCUGUGUUCCGAUUGUGAACCGUGUUGGCAUACCUAAGUGCUAACAUUGUGUGACACCCAAUACCCUUGAAAAGAUCUCAUGGCACCCUAGUUGACAAUCACUGCUCUAGUGUAUAUUUACACAGAAAAAAAGCACUGUCAACUUUUUGGGUUAUGUUCUUAAUAUUUUUUAUUGUAAAGACAUUUAUCAAAUGUGUAAAUAUAGCAACAUUUGUCAAUAAGACACUGAGGCAGAAUACAUUAUUUGUCUUUUACAUAAUUGACUGCCGUUAAGAUUUUAAACAAAAAUAUGCAGUUAAACCUGAAUUUUUGGCUAUAACGAAAAUUAAAGAAAAAUCGUAAUUUAAUUUUUUCUAACGUAUCUGAUCUGUAUAAUAAAUGAUAUGCUUGUUUAACAAAAACUUUGUUCAAAUUUACAAGUAUACUCAUAAAUCCCAAACUCCUGCAUCAUUUAUUUUGAGGUACAAUUUAACUUACACAUAAAAUAACUGUUUACUUGAGUAGGGAAGCAGAGAUCUAUUAUUAGAUUUUUAGAAUUUACUUUUUCACUAUAUUGUGGAAUCAAAGCAUCAAAAACACAAUCUCUGUAUUUAUGUAAAAUUGAACUAAAGCACAUAAAAUAUCUAUUGACUUUCUACCUAGUAGUUUCUGUUCCUUAAUUGUAGUUUCAUUAACAAUCAAGCGUUCUGUAAGCUAUUGAAAAUUGCAAGCUUUGUCCCACCUAGAUUACAAAUAUGAUCAUGAACAUGAUAUGGUAUAUUUGAAAAAAAGUGCUGUGCAUACAUUUAUUAACUAAAUUCAGAUCUCCACAUUGUGGAGGUAAUACAUUUCUGAAAGGAAUAGCUACCUUCAUGUUUUAUUUUUUAAAUUAUUUUCUGCCUGGUCCUAUAGUUUAAAAAAUUAUUACAUCAUAAAACAUAACAGUUGACAAGAAUGUACUGACUGCUGGCAACAAUAAGUGCACAGGAAAUCAGAAAUAGGAUGUGAAAAUUUUGCAACAUUUUUAAAAGGAGGAACUCUUAAAUCUUACGAUCCAAACAACCUCUUUUGUCUCUGAUCUAACCUGGUAUUAAAGCUUUGUAAUAAAGAAACAAAAACAAUCAACUGUUGCUCCACUUCAAGAAAAAAAUCCUAAAAUUCUAAAUAUCUGAAUUGUAUUGUCAGUGUUGGAGUUGUAUAAGCGGAGUGUAAAGUCUAUUGCAACAAAAUAACAGUAUCUAAAAAUAAACAGCAUUGUCUCUAUUCUCGGAAGCAGGUGCAACAAAUUGGUAUG